UUUUAUAGUUGUAUUUUUUUGUUGCAAAAUACAUUGCUAACGACUAUCGUUACAGCCGUUUACAUCUUUAACAUAUUGUAUUUAUUCAGGUGUGGUCGCCAUAUAACACUGAAGCUACAGUAGACUAUUGAGACAUUUAUAGUUUCGGGUACAUAUAACGCCACUGACUAUUCUUGCUGCGGUUUACAUCUAUAUGCUUCAUACAUACAAUUCACAUAUGCAGAACAUACCGGUAUGUACUUCUGCCAUUGCCACUCUUAGUAAAUAAACACGUCGGCCCAUAUGCUGUCAUAUGAUGAUUGUCCAACAUUAUGAUUCUUUUGUGCUGCUGAUAUAAAAUCAUAAUUUGCCCAUUUGUAGGACUGGUAAAGCUUAAUUGUUGUGAUCUUUGACUUGAGCCUCCCAAUUUCAACAUGAUGGGAAUUCUCCAAAUUGGCAUGUGGAGCGAGUGCAUUUGCCUAUCUUUGAUUUCAUGCUUGAAGGGACUAUUUUCAGGUUUUUAGUGCUAUUCAAGACCCUUAUAAAGAUGUUUUGUCGUCUGUGUAUGUAUGCUCUCAAGGGCGGGCCACAUGAACCUGCCGCCCCCAAAUCAGCAUCUCUCUUAUCCAUUUCUGGUUAUUGUCAUGCAGGUUUCAGUAGGGCACUACAAUUUCAAUGCAGGGACCCACAUGUGGCAGAAUUUAUUUAUUUUUAAAUAUAUAUAGGCUUAUCUUUUAAUUAGCUGCCGUGCAGGAUGCUUGUCAGGGUGAGGCUGACUAAGGUGCUUUUUCAACAUUAAAACAGCCCGUAUGAAACACAGAACCUUCCUUGUGUACGCCCGUGGUGUGUCAUCAGAGGGCUUAAAAUAAUCACAGCGAAGAGAACGCCAAGCAAACGUCAAACGCUAUUCUUCCUGGUGAGUCUGUCGCAAUGAGGAAGUAUAUUUCAAUCAGUUACUGUAUUUGCCUUCAGUCAAGUGAGACUUUUCAACAUCCAACAGAUGAGUUAGAAGGAAAAUGAUUUUGUCACAGGCAGGAGUGCUCCUGUCCUGUCUUAAAAGGCUCAAAAUUUUCACCUUACGGUCAGCCAACGGGUCGGAUAAAAUUUUGCCAGCAAAGCAUAAUUUGCCUAAAUCAAAAGAGAGAAACCUGCGGCCUCUGACCUGCCAAGCAAUUUUAAAAGCAAAUGCAACCUCUGAGUACCUGUUAGAAUAAGCCUCAAAUCAACUAACCCACAAAUGCUCAUUAAUAAGGAUUUUUACCAAGGCGCUCAAACAAUAAUUACCAAAAGAAUACAACCACACCUACAGUGAAGUGUGGGGGUGGCAGCAUCAUGCUUUGAGACUGUUUCCCUUCACCAGGAACUGUGUGGUCUUAUUCGAGAUGAGUGUCUGUGUUAGUUAGCAUAAAAGCCGACAGACUUCUGCUUUGAAGAAAAAAAAUCACUCAAAAGCCUUCUAGAGCAGCUAAACUUUGUUUGGGGUUAAUCAGAGGCAUGUUGACUGGUGUCUAUUGUGUGUUUGAAUGUGAUUAUUUACAGCCAUAUCUCUAUUAUAAAAGGGUGUGCACACUUGUGCAACUGCAUUUUUCCAGUUGUUUGCAUUUCAACUCUCAAAGGUUCUUUUUAUUCGGUUGAGUUGAAAAGUUCGCAGGACACAAUGAUGGUUGAAAAUAUUUAGAAAUUAUGUAACUUGGUCUCAAUUUUCAACCUGCCAAAAUCUGGCAUUUGAACGGGGGUUGUGUCAACUUUCUUUUCUAGAAUAUCAGCGAUAUAGAAUAAAUGCUCAACCAUUAAUCCUUUUUUAAAAUUACUACCAUAAUAGUAGUAGUGUUGUUUUGUACUACUCCUAGUAGUAUUGGUUGUCAUCGUGAUAUUAGUAUUACUUGUAGUCGUAGUAGUAUCCAGUAUGUAGUAGUUACAGUAUUACUUGUGGUUGUUCUUGCUGUAGUAGUUAGAGUACUUGAUUUUGGACCACUUGUCGCUUUGGUAGUUGUUCUCGUGCUAUUAAUAGUUGUAGAAGUGUGGUAGAAUAGUUACUGUACUACUAAUAGUUGUCGUAGUAGUACUAGCGUUAUUGAUGCUGUAGUUUGGACAAAGUAUACUCCUAUAAGUGAAGUUAUUUUUGUUAUUGUUGUCAUAGGCCUAGUAGUCGUAGUUGUUGUGUUCAUGCUGCUAUAGUCGUACUGUAGUAGUAGUUGUUGCUGACUAUACUAGAAGUAGUUGUACAAAUUAGAGUUGUGGUCGUCCAAGUAGUAUCAGAAAUGUUUUUGUACUGUAGUAGAAGUAGUAGUCAUACGAACGAGUAGUAGUAGGAAGUAGUAGAACUACGAGUAGUAGUCGUAGGAACAGGCGGCGGUGCUGAUGGUACUGGUAAUAGACCCAGUUGUACAAUGUCGUCAUUUGGCUUUAAUUAUCUCGUGAGGGUCCCUGGUGUGUGCGUGUUUGUGUUUAUGAGCAGGUCGGCCACGGGGGAGCACUGUUCAGGCGGCCUGAGAGGUGUACGAGUGCGACGUCGCCUCCCUGGAUACCAACGACGCGCACAAACCGUCGAAGAAGCCUCGGGGGAGUCUGGCCACGGACCGACCGACGCUCCGGUACAGGGCGGUGGGUCGCCAACACCGUUUCCGCUAUGACGAUAACGUCGAGGAUUACAGCUGUAGCGCGGGCGGUGCCGGGGGUGUCGAUGAAGACAAACGAACGAGGACGGACUAACGGGUCGCCAUGAAUGACAGGUACCAUAAAGCGGCCCGAGACGGCUACCUGGACCUAUUGAAGGAGGCCACCCGCAAGGACCUCAACGCGCCAGACGAGGAUGGCAUGACACCCACGCUAUGGGCGGCCUAUCACGGGAACCUGGAGGCUCUGCGGCUUAUCGUGGCGAGGGGUGGGAACCCUGACAAAUGUGACAUAUGGGGCAACACGCCACUCCACCUCGCCGCUGCCAAUGGUCACCACAACUGCCUUUUCUUCCUGGUGUCAUUUGGUGCCAACAUAUGGUGCCUGGAUAAUGACUACCACACGCCGCUUGACAUGGCGGCCACCAAGAGUCAUAUGGACUGCGUCCGCUACCUGGACUCCAUCGCCUCCAAGCAAAUGGGGCUCAACCCCAAGCUAGUGAACAAGCUGAAAGAGAGGGCGUUUCGAGACGCAGAGAGGCGCAUCAAGGAGUGCGCCAAGAUGCAAAAGAAGCACCACGAGCGCAUGGAGAAGAAGUACCACAAGGAGGUGCCCGAGGCAUCCGUGUCAGAUGUCAUGAGUUUUUCCAGUUACAGCAGCGGCUCUGUCAGCCACAGGGUGCACAACUUCAACGCAGCAGCCGUCAGUGUGCCAUAUUCACAGGCUACUCUUCAAGCCACAAACCGCGGGAAGACAAAGAUCCAGAAGAAGCUGGAGAAAAAGAAACAAGGAGAUGGGACCUUCAAGAUCUAUGAGGAUGGGAGGAAGAGCGUGCGCUCCCUCUCCGGACUCCAACUGGGCAACGACGUCAUGUUCCUCAAACCCGGAACAUAUGUCAAUCCGAAGGAAUAUGGCCGCCGCAACAUCCGUGAAAUGUUCGCCAGAGACCACAACGACGACGCCAUUUCACGUGCCAUCAGCGAACCGGACCUCCACGGGACCAACGCUGAUCACUCGGAGGUCAGUACAGACUCGGGACACGAUUCCCUGUUCAACCGGCCCGGUCUGGGCACCAUGGUCUUCAGGAGGAACUACGUGAGUGGGGGGAUGUUUGACCUGGGCGAUCCAGACGCAGCUGACGGCUCAGGUAACACGGUGCAUCUGCGCAGCAGACUGCACCCUCACCGCAGCCUGGAUGAAGACAGCAUCGGAAGUGCUCGCAGCCUACAGGAGAGGAACCUGGACGAGCUUCCUUGGGAGGAGGUGGAAUUGGGGCUGGACGAUGACGACGAGGCCCUCACCAGCCCUCUGGAAGUCUUCUUGGCCACGCAGAGCAUGAGCGAGUUCUUCUCAAUCUUUAGGAGGGAGAAGAUCGACCUCCAAGCACUGCUGCUCUGUUCUGACCAUGAUCUCAAGAGCAUCCACAUCCCAUUAGGACCCAGGAAAAAGAUCUUAGAUGCCUGUCAGAGACGUCUUAAGACCAUAGAGGACCCGGAAUGCAUUGAAGACACUGAACUAUGAUUCAAGCGGAGGUGGGUGCAUCACUGCAGAGAGUGACGACUAAACCAUCUACCUCUAACAUGGAGAAGAUCCAUGGAAAGAUUCAAAGUUGCGCCGUGGGACACACGUUUGCCCCCAUGGGGUUGACCGAGACUCUCGUGCCUGUGCAUUUUAAACACACUUGACAUGUUUUUUUUUGUUUUGUUUUUUUUAAAUAGCAUGCUCCCUCAAUGUGAUGAAUGUCAAGUCAAGUCGGCCUCCUGUUGACACAUCGCAAGUUUGGUCUCUGCCAAGGCAGGAUGACAAGCAUAUUUGUAGGAGUGAUUUAUGUCAGUGUGCGUGUACGCGUACCUUGAUGAUUUUAUACGACCGGCCCAUCAACAUUUCAUGUACUUGCACACACUGUGUAGUGCAUGUCGAGUCAAUAUUUAUGUAGAUAAUGUCAGUCAUAACAAUAUAUUGGAAGGUUUUUAUCAUCUCCCAGCAUUUUUCUGCACAAGAGCACAAUGGAAAUAUGUUAGCAUUUGCUUGAAAUGAUGUAAUAAAUGCGCUCAACUUCA